AUGGACAGCACUGAAACCUUGUCGUUGGUCGAGCUAAUGCGUGGCGUGCGCGAACUCACAUCCAUUCUGCUCAAGUACACACAGACCGAUUUGCAUGUGCGCGCUACUGCCGUUGUGGAGAGCUACGUAAGGCACGUGCGGAAAAUGCAAGUAAUUCGCUUGAAGUUGCCGCUGACCAUUUCUAUGCUCGAAAGAUCGGGGUGGAUAUCCGGUGUCUUGCACAGCAUCAGCUCUUCUCGUGCGACAGGUUUCGGGCGCAGGUCCUCUACCGACCACGAAGAGUGGCACGUGUACCCACGGGAAACCAGGGUGCUACUUAGCAGUGAGACGGUACUACGGUCUAUGGAAUGGGUCAUUGGUUUCCGGUCACGCCAUUGA